AAUUCGUGCUGGUCAUCCGUUUUUUCUUGUUUCACCAAACUGGGCGCAUUCCUUUUUCCUCCCACCUUUUUCUUCGCAGCAACAACAACAACAAGAAGAACAAGAACAAGAACGGCGACGACGAGAGAGCCGCCGGCUGCGGGCAGGAUAAAACAAUAAACGGGACCCAUUAAUCUGCGCUGACUCUCGCUGCUCUCCAUUGUUGCUGGUCUGUUUGCUCUAAUAAUGCCUUAUCCAUAAGGGCUCCUCUCUCUUUCACAGCCUCGCCGGCCGCCCGGGUAUUUCAAGAAACUGGGGGCAUAGCAGCUCAAGAGCCCUGUAUCCUUCGCUUCUCCGCUCGAUUGCCAGUCACUCAGGUCGACUUCAUAACUGUGUCCCAGCGUAUUUGGCGUGUCGCAGUCGCAUCGGUCGAGUUCUUGUCGAAUCUCAGCCGAACGCCCUACAGCCCAGCCGAACGAGCGAACGCCAUGGCUACCGUCUCAGCACCGCAAACCCCGAACCUGAACGGGGCGCAGAUGGUCGACCCUACACGGCCAGGCGAAUAUCCGAUACUCCUGGGGGACAAGCUGGCGGGGAGGGAUAAUGCACGAAACCGCCAGUUUGUGAAUGUGACAUACAACUACAAGACCAAGGGCAACACACCGCAACAGAAGACGACCAUCUACCCGGCCGGAGCCCCAGACCGGUACAAGUUGACGAUACAGAGCAAGGCAGGCAAUGCAGAGCAGACGGACCUGACCUAUGUCUACAGCGGUGGAGUCGACCCUGAAUCGUCGUCGUCUACGGCUUCAAAGUCCGAGACCAGCAACUUGGUCCUGAUAUUUGACCCAAGACGCAAGGCGUUCAUCCUUGAGCCGGUGUCGACCAGAUUGAACUUCAAUCUGAAAUCGGCGCCGGGGAAGACGGACCGACAGGUUUCAGAGCAAUACCCCCAAUUGAGCACUUCUUUUUCAAACAACGAUCAGGCUGCGGGAGAUAAACAGGGGGAGAACGAAAGCGAAGAAGAGGAUGUAGGACCAGCGGAUGAAGAGAAUCCUUACGACUACAGACACUUUCUGCCCAAGAACAAGGCAGAGCAGAGCAGUAGCAGCGGUGCCGGCAGCAAACAGAGUGCCGUGGAGGCCGGCUCAGCGCCUGGCACUCCGGAUCCUCACUUGGCUACGAGCAGCAAACCUGCAGCACCUCGGUCAGUGCCAGCAGCACAAGUACCACCAGCAGCAACAGCAGCAGCAGCAGCAGCAGCUCCUGCAGCUGCCAAAGCAAAACCAAAGCCCAAGCCGAAACCUGCACCAAAGAGUAAAGCCAACCCGCUCCGUCCUCCGAAACAGCGGAAUCCCAAGGCUGCUUCAUCCGCUGCUACUGCAGCUGCUAGCAGCACCAACACCAGCAGCGGGAAUGCGAAUAAUGCUUCUACAAAGGCCAAGGAGCCGGAGGAGCCAGCAGCGCCACCCGUCGCUAUUGCACUCCCGCCCAAGCCUGAGCUGGUUGAGGACUCCAUUAUCCCAUCUGUAGAGACGCCGGAUCUGGUGGGAACGUACUCUGCCUCUGAUGAUGAGCCCAAGAGGCUGGCCGGGUCACCUGGCAGCAACAUCAUCGUGGAUGGGGAUCUGAUCAUCGACAUGGGCUCCCCUCCGCCGCAACGACCGGCCUUUAAGAUCGACCCUAGCCAUUUUGCAUCCAACAACACUUCGGCCAACGAGGCAGGCUACAACAGCGAUGACGAGGAAGAUGUAGAAGAACCCCGGCCAUCGUUCUUUGGCAGACGGCCAGUGCAGGAAGAAGAGGAGGAAGAGGAAGAAGAAGACGAAGACGAAGACGAGACGAUGGAAGAUGCCCAGGCUGCAGGUCAUGCGGACGGAGACGAGGAGCCAGCGGACUUUGAAGACGAUCUAGUGGCCGAGAUGGAAGCGGCGCUUGAAGAGAGUGCCAGGGAGGAAGAAGCAAGACUGGCGAUGGAGCAGCAGCAGCAGCAGCAGCAUCGAUACACCAACCAUGUCGAGAGUGAAGACGAGAGUGAAGUCAGCGAAGAAGAGUGA